AUGAUUUUCUCUCUGUAUCUUUUUCUUUUUUAUGUACACCCCCCUACAGUUUCAUACUUAUUUUCUGUUAGACCAUCUUUCUUUCUUUCUUUGCUUGUCACUCAAUCUCUUUCAAACCUACCCACUCUCUUUUCCAUUUUGAACAAUCUCUCUCUCUCUCUCUCUCUCUCUCUCUUGUUGUUAUUAUUAUUCUUUUUUUCUCGUUCUCUUUUCACCCCUCUUUGUUCAUUUCUUUGUCUCCUCACUCACUCUCCAUUCACCCUCUUUGUUUCUUCCUUUCAUUAUCUCUCUCUCUCUCUCUCUCUCAGCAGUUCUUUUUUUUUUCCAUGUUCAUUUUUCCCUUUUCCUCUUUCUUGCAUCUUUCAUUUAUCCUUCUCUCUUCUUUUCUUUCUCUCACUCACUCUUUAUCCUUCUUUGUUUCUUGCUUUCUUUCUCUCUUGUGCUAAGCCACCUCCAUUACCAUCUGUUUCUUCCUUUCUCUCUCCAAUUCUUAACACCUGUUUCUUUCACUCUCUAUAUUCUCUCUCUCUCUCAAUCACUAAAUUCCUUUCUUUUUCUAUGUCAAUCUCUCUUCAACCUAGUUUCUUUCUCUCUCAUCCAUUCUUUAUCGCUCUGUUUCUUAUUUUUCCCCAGUUCACUCUUUACGCCCUCUCUGCUCAUUUCAUUCCUCUCUCAUCCUCUCUUUAUUCUAUUCUAUUUCUUUCCCCUUCAUUCUCUCUAAAUCCAUGUUUCUUACUCCCUCUCACACUCGCUUUAUUUCUACCUAUCUCUCACCCUCUCCUUAUUCUAUUCUCUUUCUUUCUUCCUCAUUCUCUCUCUAUCCAUGUUUUUUACCCCAUCUCACACUCUUUUUAUUUCUCUCUCUUUCAUCCUCUCUUUCCCCUCUCACUCUCUUCAUUUCUCCGUCUAUCUCUCUCGCAUCCUUUCUUUGUUCUAUUCUGUUUCUUUCUCCCUCAUUCUCUCUAUACAUGUUUCUUAACCCCUCUCACACUCCUUUCAUUUGUCUCUCAACCCCUUUUUGUUAUUUUCUACUUUCUCUUAUCCUCUCUCGAUAAUCCUGAUUGCCUUCCUCUCUGUUCAUAUCUUUGUUCGUUUUGCUUCUUUCUCCCUCACCCUCUCCUUUCUUUCUCUCUCUCUCUCAUACACACACCCUCUUUUUCUCUCAUUCUUUCUCAUCGUCUCACCCUCUCUUUAUGUUUAUCACUCUCAGUCUUAGAUAGACUAGAAAAGAAAAAUAAUACGCAAGUACCGCGCCAACAAAAUGAACACCUAAUUGAAAAUUCCAGAGGCUCUCAGGACAAACAAAAUCUCAACGGAGAAAGAGUCAAAUUUGAACUCAGAGUCGACCGGUAA